UGAGGUCCCUGAAUUAUUUUGAUGUUGAAGAAAUCCACAGCCUAACCUGGCUUUAGAGCAGGGGAGACUGACAUGUUCUAAACCCACACACAUUCAUUAACACACACACACACACACUUGAUUCUUCAACGAUCUAAAAGAGAGACCCCACAAGCACACUAACAAUCUAAUGAUCUAGACAGGUCAAAUCAUGCUGUCUGGCUGUCCCACAACUAUCCUGGUGAAGUCUGGCGAGCACACACACACACACACACAUACAUACACACACACACUCACACACAUACACACACACACACACUUUUACCCCUACACGUCUGUGCUAUUAAUACCACCAACUCUUAGUGUUAUCAAGCCUCCUGCUACAUACUUUCCUUAAGCACUUCUCCUUCAUCCCUUCCUUAAGCACUUCUCCUUCAUCCCUUCCUUUGUCUGUAUUUAACCCUCGACUAACUCUCCUCCAUCACAGGCUGGGUGUCUCCUUGUCUUGUGUGCUUAUGUGUCAAAUGGGCCACAUUGUGCUGAAUGUUUUGUGUGUGUGUGUUUGUCUGUUUGCAUGCGAGAUUAUUAUUAGGCUUAUUCUCACAUAUUUUCCAUUCAAUACCAGAAAAGAGAUUAGUCAUGAGGGAGAGGGAGAGAAAGAGAGAGAGAGAGAGAAAGAAUGAGCAGAUUAACACGUCAGUCAGUGGAGAGGUGAUGUCACUGUUUUCCAGCCUCCCUAUUCUCUCUCCACCUCACUCCCUCUGAUUGGUCGGCAGCGGAGGAGGGGGAGGGACUGACUCCCAGUAAACGAGAGGGGAAUAGGGGAGACCACGCCCCCUGCAGCUGAGGUUGGCUCGCAGUGAAUGAACGCAUGCAGAGAACAAGGAAGAGACGGAGGGAGGAGCCACAUAGUGCGUCAGCAGCUCUGAUAUAAGUAGCUGGUCAGAGAGAGAGAGAAAGAGAGAGAGAGAGGGUAGUAUUAGAUGUGUAUUUGGGCAGCCAGCCCACAUUCUUCCGAAGCUUCUAUUGUUGCAACACCAGAUUAGACCAGGGCAGGAAGACCGGCUGUAGCAGGGGACUGUGUCAAGGGAGAACUGUGAACCCAGACGAGGUUGUGUGUGUGUGUGUACUGUCUGGCAGGCUGCACCUCCGAGGGUGGGUCCUGAAUGCUAACUCGGCUAACCUUGGACGUGGCUGAGCCGUCUCUGUGCUUGAUGCUGUGAGACCUGCUGGAGGGCUGUCUGUCUGGGCUGGGCUCCCGGCUGCUGCAGGGGAGAGAGUUAAGGAAGACGGAGGACUGGAAUCGAUCAGGGGAAGAAGAAAAAGAGAGCACAGCUAGAAGGACAAAAAGGAAAACUGAGAGAGAGAGAGGUGUGUGUUCUUUCGUUAGAGGAGGUUUCUCUCUGGUCUCACCCUGGGGAAGAACACGCCCCCAAACCCUUGCCACCCCCACCCCUCCUCUCGACCUCUGACCUCUCGCAUCAUCAGGUGGAAAGGCCUGCACCUUUCCAAACUUCCCAUCAUGCACAUCAAGACGACUAAGUGUAACCACUUCUGCCUGGUCGCCUCGGUGACCAACCAGGAAGUGUUUGAACGACCUGAGGCCCAGGCCAGUUUUGAGUCUCUGUUCCGCUCCUUCCAUCCUGACGUGUCCUUCCAGUUCUUUAAGAGUUUCCGUCGCGUCAGGAUCAACUUCAGCGAUGCGCUGGCGGCGGCUGAUGCCCGGCUCCGCCUCCACAAGAGCCACUUCAACGGCAAGGAGAUGCGUCUCUACUUUGCUCAGUCCGUCCAUAUAGGCAGUCCCCGCCUGGAGCCCCCCAAGCCGGAUAAACAGUUCCUGAUCUCGCCCCCUGCUUCUCCCCCUGUGGGCUGGAGGCAGGCACAGGACGCCACGCCCGUCAUCAACUACGACCUGCUGUGUGCCAUCUCCAAGCUAGGCCCAGGUGAGAAGUACGAGCUGCACACAGGCACCCCCACCACCCCCAGCGUGGUGGUGCACAUGUGUGAGAGUGAGCAGGACAGCUCCGGGGGGGAGGAUGACCCAGAGAGCAGCUCCCGCCCCCCUCGCCCCAAGAUCAUCCAGACGCGUCGGCCCGACUUCACCCCCAACGUCAUGCAGUGAGAGGCAGAGCAGAGAGGGGGCGCUCUAACAUCCAACAUUCAUCAAACCUUCCAGGACACCAGGCCUGGGAGUGUGUUUGGGACAUGUAAUACAUCUUCCCCAACUCUAGGGGCAGCGGUGUCCCAAAGCCCUGCUUUUCAUGGAGAGAAAGAGAAGGAAGAGAAAGAUCAUCUCUUGUCGUGUCACUUUUGUUUGCGUUUUUUUUAUUUAUCUCUUCCUUUUUCCAUACGAUGGGAAUUAGUGACUUGGUAGAGAGAGGGAAAGUGCAUCAGAAGUAUUUGAUAGAUUAAUGUUUUUACUGUUUUGUAAAAUGUCCUCAUUUUGCUUUGGUGCUACUUGAUUCAUCAAGCAUGGAGGUUGUAACCUCAAACAGCGGAGUUGCUUGUGUAGAUUUUCAUUUGAACCUGUAGUCACCUCACCCCUCGCCCUGCCUAGACUGAGUUCACAUUGUGUACUUGUACAACCACUGUUUUGGGUUGACAUUUACACGUGGUACUGUAAAUAUGUUGUGUCUGUAGACCCUGUGCUGUGCUGUUGUCUUUAGUCCUACUGUUCAACCCUGAGGAUCAGUCAUGACCCCUCAGCGCUCCAACCAUGUGGUUCAUCUGCACACGAGACAACGAGGACAGGAAGAUCCCUGACUAGGAUUUGAGCUAGCUAGCACUCCUAGGUCAUUCAGUCUCCCACUGUAACCUCACGGUUCAUCUUACAGCUGUAGAGCAUGACGCACUUUACCCCACGCUGCCAUAUCCUGCUUCAAACUGAGAGGGCGGAGCCAGGUGGGCGGAGCCAGGUGGGCGUUCUGCAUGGGGAUGUUCACAAACCCCAUCAUGUGCUGCGCUUGUUUAGCUUGAAACAGGCGGCCAUUUUGGGGGCUGACAUGCAUCCAUUGUGGCUCUGAACUGUACUUGGAUGUAUGGGAGUUGUAGUCCAUUCCUGCCAGGGACUGUUGGAGUGUGUUCACCGUUUCAUAGUAAUGGGAGGGAUUGUGUAGACACACUGUGAAUGCAUGUAUUAUCACAGCAUAUUGGAGAUGGAUUACGCUCCAAGCCCUAACUAGUAGGUAGAUAUUGCAUUUAGCCAAUUUAGCUACUUUUGUACUCUGAAACUACUGUUAUUUGGAAAUUUGUUUUACCUUGAAAUAAUCUUAUGAUUUAUAUCAUUAAAUAAAUACCUAACAUCUAA